GCCAUGGAGACCGGCUGCCACACUGGAAGACUGAGAUUUUCCACCUACUCGCUCACUCCCCAUAUCUAGCAGUUUACGCGACACGGAAAGUUCUGAUUUCUUCAUUGCUGCUGCCUCGGUUCUGUGAGGAGACCGUACCCCGCGCCCUCGUCAGACAUCUCGCCAUCAGGAAAGAGCUGCUUUGGCAGAAGAGAUUGAGAAGAUGGAGAAAGAAAUUGACUGCGACUUGGACAAGAAAAGUACUUUGACUUCAGAUGCAGAAAUGAAGCCUGAACCACCGGCUCCAUGUGUGAACCCUGGCAAUCCUGUGUUUUCCUGUAUGGUGGACCCUAAGACACUCCACACAACCACUUCACUGUCUAAACCACAGAUGAUCAUGUACAAAACCAAUUCCAGCCAGUAUGGUGCGUUCUCACCCAGGCCCCAGUUCUUUCCCUGCAAGUACAUUCCAACGGAGCAAGUGUUCUCAAAUCAUAUUAGAGCAACUGGGUUUUAUCAAAAUAACAGCCUAAAUAUUACCCCCGACAGAACCAGAACCGUCGAUUUUCCUAAUUUUCAACACACUCUAUGAACAUACAUCCUUCUGACAACUGAAGAUAAAAUGUGCUUGAGAAUGUUAGUUUUUAAGUCUAGAAUACCUAAUUUUUGAACAUGAAAAAAUGUAAAAACUUUUAAUA